UUGACACCACAUUUGUUCGCCUACGUGUUUGUUGCAGCACUAUGGCUAAUACAAAGACAGAAGAUGAAAUUGCCCUCUUUGAAAGAGAAACAAAGGAGUUUUGGACCAAACUGAAAAGCCUUUAUGGCACUGAACAAAUCAAUCAGACUUUAGCACUGAGAGAUUCAUGCAAGGAGUCCAUAAAAAUGCUUUCAGAGAAAUGGUCCAAGAAGCUGAAAGAAGGGGACAUGAUGAUUGAUAAAAUUCAGGAGUAUAGCAAUGAGAUUCUUGAGCAGAGCCAACGCAUAUCAGAAAAUCAAGAGCGUUUGACAGAAAUAAAAUCUAAUCUAAAUCAAGAAGAAGAGCAAAAGAAGGACUUGACUGACAGGAUCCAAGAGCUUAAAGAAGAGUUGAUGAAGAAAAAGGAAUUAAUAUCUUCUAAAAACAAAGCCAGUAAGGAGAGAGUGGAACGACUAUGCAAGUCUAAAGUAUUAUUUGAAGAGCGGCUUGGACUGGAGAUACGCAGAAUUCACGAUGAACAGUUACAGUUUAUAUUCAGACACAUUGACCACAAAGAUCCUGACAAGCCAUAUGUGUUUACCCUUUCCAUAAAUGAACAGGGAGAGUAUGAAGUGACUUCCUGUACUCCUCCUCUGGACUGUAUAGCAGAGUUCCAGCUCAAAGUGAGAGAAACUAACAAUUUUUCUGCGUUUGUUGCCAACAUCAGAAAAGCUUUCACUGCUUUAUCUUAUAAAUAGUCUGCAUAAAAACUAGCUUAUACCUCCCUUUCUAGAUGUAGAACACUUUUUCUUUCCUUCCUGUAUUGUGAAAGUAUGUAUUUGUCCAUAUAUUACUCUAAUUUCCAAAUAAAAAUAAUGAAAA